UAAAGAACCUGUUAAGGUACCUUCAGCCUAACAGUAUGCUUGACACUGCAAGACGGCCUGAGCAAGAUGCUGCCAGACCUGCUGAGCUAUUCCAGCAUCUUCUUUUGUGAUCAAUUUUUGUCCAGCUGAUCUCUCUUUUGGAUAAUGACAGCUUCCACCUCAUGUCAGAGAUAACGGGAACUGCAGAUGCUGGAGAAUCCAAGACAACAAAAUGUGAGGCUGGAUGAACACAGCAGGCCAAGCAGCACUCAGGAGCACAAAAGCUGACAUUUCGGGCCUAGACCCUUGUCUUUCUCUUCAGAAGACUGCUCCCAUUCCCCAGUUCCUCCAUCUUAUUGCCUUCUCUAAUUGUGUAGAAUACAUCAUGCCCUGAUGAUGCAGCACUUGCUUUAGACUACACCAGAGGGCACCCUAGAUUAAUCCAAGCAGUGGAACCAUAUCUUCAGCAUCUCCAACGUCUGCUCUAUGACUGCCCUGGACAAGCUCUUUCUAAUCCCACACAUCCGGAGAAAUUCCAAGAUGAGCCAACACCUCCGAUGAGUCAAGGUGUUCUGGCUAUAAAUACAGCAAGUAAGCAGCAACAAGCCAGUCACAGGCUCAGUCAGUGCAAUAGCAAGUAGAUCAAGAUCUUUCUACCAGCAAAGCACAAUGAGCAGUAAAGUUGCUCUCACUGUUCUCAUUCUCUUCGUACUGUGUGCUUCAUCCACAGAAGCUGCUUCAAUUGGAAGAACAGGUUUGAGUCUACGCUGUCAGUGUAUAAAAACAACCUCCAAGUUCAUCCAUCCAAUGCACAUGAUUAAUAUCGAAAUCAUCCCAAGCGGGCCACACUGUGAGAAUACAGAAAUUAUUGCCAGCCUUAAAAACAAUGAUCGUGUGUGUCUGAAUCCUACAGCACCUUGGUUGAAGAAAGUCCUUAGCAAGAUGAUGAAGAAAUCCAAGUAGUUGGGUUGACCUCGCUAAAGAGAAGCUCAACUCUAAAUAUUAAUAGCCACUUUUGGGGAUCUGGCUGCUGUGGAUUGGUGUGGAGUCAUCAUAGGCAGCAAGGCUUAACUUGGCUUUCACUGUUGAAAAUUGUUCAGCGAUUUAAUGAUUUUAACACCUUAAACAUAGGAAUGUGAAUAUUUCCAUGUUUAAUUGGUUUACAGCCAAAGUUCUGAAGUAACCUGACAACAAGUGAGAUAUUGAUAUGAAGUAACAGAUGACUUGAUCAAUGGCUCUUUUAGUUAAUUAUUAAUUGUUUCUCAAACAGGAUUCUCAUCAUUUGCUGCCAGGUAGCAAUGUUGGAGAAUAUAGUUACUCAAUGGUAUAUUGUUCAGUAUGACAAAUUGUCAGUAAUGUGCUUGUUCUUUGAACGCUGUGCUUUUUCUACUGCAUAAUCCAGA